CUGAAGUCACUCUCAUGAAAAGAUUCUGAACACUCGGCAUAGGCUUUUAGCAAUCAUGGAUGUUAAACAAAUCCGAUCAUCGUUAUUAUGCGGAACUUGCAUAUUCUUCAUGCCAGGUAGCGCAACUGAAUUUAGUACUGACGUUUUAUAUGAAAUAUUUUCUAGAAGAAUGGAUGAUGUUAUGCUUGAACAUAAACUACUUAGGCUCGAGUUUGACGAGGCAGUGCGCAAUAUGGGAAAUCAGGCUGACAGGAUAACGAAUGUAGAAGAUGCCACCAACAAGAUGGAAAAGCAGGCUGACAAAAUGGCCAGUUUCGAAGAAGCUAUCAACAAGAUUGAAGAACAAGCUAUCAAAAUAUCCAAUGUAGAAGAAACCGCCAAACGGAUGGAAAAGCAGGCUGACAAAAUGGCCAGUUUCGAAGAAGCCAUCACCAAGAUUGAAAAACAAGCUGUCAAAAUAUCCACUUUAGAAGAAACCACUAAGAAGAUGGAAAAGAAGGCUGACAAAAUAUCUAAUUUAGAGGCAGCUCUCAACAAAUUUGAGGAACAAGAUGACAUAAUAGCCAAUUUAGAAGAAUCAACAAUACAGAUAGAAAAGCAUGCUGAAAGGAUAACGAGCUUAGAAGAAGCCAUCAACGAAAUUAAAAAACAAGCCGACAAAAUUGCGCAUUUAGAAGAAGUCACAAAAAAGAUGGAAAAGCAGGUUGACAGAAUUACGAAAUUAGAGGACUGCGUCAAGAAGAUCGAACACAAUAAUACAGAAGUAACGAAUAUUGAAAAAGAGGUGCAAGAUCUUAACAACAAAAUAGAAGAUCUAGAAAGUAAUACUUUGAACAAUGAAAAAGCUAUCUCUGAUGUGACACGUCUUGCAACGGAAAAUGUCCUGAAAGCCCUUAAAGUAUCGGAAUCGUCUAUAAAUGCGAUAAAAGACAACGUUACGAGGCAGUCUGUUGCGGUUCGCAAAAUGUUAUCCGCAGAGAAAAUGUUUUUACGUGGAGUAAAAAAGUCGCUUCAUGACAAAUUCUCAAACUUCACGAACGAGGUGAAAUUACAACUGUCAACAUUGAAUGUUUCAGUAGAAUCGCAAGUUUCCUCAUUCAAAACCAUUCUUAAAGUGUCUGAAAAAUCUGAAAAUAAACUUGAAACGCUUCAAGAUGAAAUGGGCAAAAAAUUCGACCAUCACAGGAAUACAUUGAACAAAACUAAUGGAGAAAUUCAGCAGCUGAAAACAAGAAUUGUGAACGUUGAAGCAAGACAAGGAAAAAGAGCGGCAUUCACAGUAACUGGAGCAUCUACACAAUACAAUGGAAUAUUAAAAUUCUCGAAAGUACACCUGAACGAAGAGUCCGCCUUUGAUACAACAACAGGACAGUUCACGAGUCCGUACACAGGAAUAUACGGAUUUACAGCGAGUAUCUUUGAAACUGGUGGAGAUAAUAAUUACAUAGAAUGUUCUAUUAGAAAGAAUAAUUAUAUUUACGCCUAUAUGUAUUUCGAGCAGGGUUAUGCGGACGGUAAGUUUGUAUUAAACGGCUCUGGGGCAGCUACAGCUGCAAUUACAAUACAUCUAGCUAAAGGAGAUCGUGUUCAUGUCAGAUGUCCCAAGGGGCUCCUUUAUGGCUCUUCAUUUACUGGCUUUCUGAUCAGUCCUGAUCCAUGAGCUUAUCAUAUCAUAAUAUAAAAGUGUAAAUAGAAACGCAAUAGGCUAUAAUUAGUGUUAUUAUUUUAUGGGGUUUACAUUUAAUGAUUCCAGUAAAGUUUCAUUUUGCAACUUGAAUAAGAAAGUACAUCUAGCUAUUUGAUUCAUUAUCAAAGGUCAUUCAAAUUAUAUUUCAUUGAAAUAAUACGCUACUUAUUAAACAUGCAGUCCAACAUUUUAUAUUCUAAACUCUAUGUUUAAAACCAUUUUCAUGGAAGUGUUUUAUACAAAACAUAGCGUUCAAAAUUGUGCAAAAUUAAAGGAGAAAACGCAGUCGGGUGAUCUGAAUUUCUAGCGCAGCAUUUAUAUCAGUUUAUUAAAGAAACGGACGUAAAACGAGGGAAGUAAACCUUGUUAGAAAAAAUGGACAUGAGAUAAACUGUAGAGUCGCAAUAAAAAAGAAUAUUCUUUUUUAAAUAACUAUAAAUUUUUUUAAAGAAAAAAUAAUAUGAAACGUUCGAAACUUGUUGCGUAAAUGGGACUGGAUUUGUUCAAAUUGUUCAAUAGUCUCAAACAUUUCAAUCUGAAAUUGAUCUCGUGGAAAGUAUAAAUUAUGUGAAUGAAUGAAAAAAGCACUCUUUCGAUGAAAAUAAAAUCUUCCUUUGUUUGUAUAUGAUCAGGUGUCGCGUGUACAUUGUAAAUUUGUGUUGGGAAAAACACGUUAUGUUUAAAGUGAUUUUGCCGGACACUUGUAAGCUGAGAAUAUUAUUCAGUUCUGUUUUACUCUGUAGUUUAAAUUUAUAUUGACCCGCGUUACUGAAAAAAUUAUGUAAAUAUUGAAAUAUAAAGAGUUUUUUUUUUACGUCAGUGCAUGUUCGUUUGAAAGACAUUGAUGCAGACGACAAACAACCAAGCGUAUGGAUGACGCUUUUCGUAUUUUGACAGUAACUUCCAGAAUAAGAACAUGAACCUUAUAAAAUGUAUUAAUAUUGCUACAGAAUAUGAUUUGACAAUGGGCAAAAUUGUACCAGUGAAGCAAAAGUGAUCACCCUUCAACUAGUCAGAACAUUUGAUUGUUAAAACAUAUUUUGCUUGACUACGUAACUUGUUCUUUGUUGUUUUCCCCGUUUUGUUUCUUUUUCCUUUUCAGUAGUGUUGGUUUUUCUUUCCUAUCUUAUUAUUUAAUUCAGAAUCUAUGUCUAAAAUUCUAGCUAGUUUGUGUUUGUGUUUGUUUUUGUUUUUCUUAUUCCAAUCAAAACGUAAAAUCUGCUUUUCAAUUUAUUUCACUCGGACAUUAACGGACCGAUUUCUAAUGUUUGUAAAACUUGUGGUCCAGUCCUUUUGUAUGAGAGACUUUGUUGAGUUUCAAAUUGUCUCCCUUAUUAGAUUAUGUCCAAGAUAAUAAAUUGUAAGUAGGUCCCAUCAUUUGGAAUCCUGUGACUUUAUCACUGUUUUGCCUAUGAGGUAUAUCAAUUCUAAGGUAUGAGAUAUCUUGCAUUUUUGUUAAACUAUGCAAAUUUACCGAAUGUGUGUAUAUAUUGAUGUACAGUAGUAGUAUAUGUCUUACUGUUUGGCUGUUAUUUGCUAUUGUUUCGUAUAUAAUCAUUAACAAAAUGGAGAUAGGUUUAAUACUCAAUCAGACACUUCAAAAUGUUUAAAGAGUCUUCUAUCUCAAUAAUGUUUGUACAAAGCCACUGAUAAUAUGAAUAAUUAUAUUGGAAAUGUUGACUGCUUUUUGUUGUAUUUGAGCAAAUAUAUUGUGUUUCAUAAA